UACUGUGACAUUGUGACUGUCACAAAAUUUCGGUACGUAGUAGGUAACAGGUUAAAAAUAUGUUGUGAUUCAAAAUUUACCUUCAACUUUUGCAUUUGAAGGUGUGUUAUGUCGAAAUGUCGCUGACGAAGUUCUUAAGAGCACCGAUCAAACUAUUUAAGAAAGAAGUCAUUACGUUCUUUGUUGUGCGACGAUAUGAUUUGGGAGGUUAUUAAAACAAUCUUUGUUACUGAGGAUAAGCUCCGGUAUGUAGCGGUAAAACCAUCUGCCUCUAUUUCGGUACUUCGACAUAAAAUAUGGUUUCUUUUGAAUCUACCGGACUACUGUGAGGAAUUGAUUAUUCUCAAAUCAGCCGAUAACAUUGAACUACCGUUAACAGCACUACGUAAUGGCAACGAGCCUCAACGUCCGUACUUGUUAGAAGUUUGGCCUUCUGAAAAACGUAAACACCCGUCGACUAACAUGCAAUAUAUGCUGACACUAAGUAACAAUACUCAUAAAAGUAAUACAGAAUCAGAAUCAAAUGCCCUUGAGAAUUGUCCGCGCGGAACCAAAAACGGAUACGACGGCAGCGUUACAUCAACAAUAUCACAUGUUAACAAUCCUUUGCACAUCGAUGAACGUAAGCCAGUUAAUAGUUUCUACGCAGACUACAAGAAGUCCGAACUGUCUUGCAGAGUUUCUAGUACUUCGUUCUUUAAGAUUAAUGGGAAGAAGAGUCGGGAUAAUUUCAUACAUGUACUGCUAAAAAUACAAAGCGAUUUGUCGACACUGAGCAACAAACUUUCUACUUUGGAGAACAGAAUACCGGUUUGAGUAAAAUAUCACUUAAA